UUUGCGAACUCAAAUCCGAUUUUUGAGCAUCAAAUUUCGUUGAUCAAUCCAAAAUAGUAACAAUGUUGAAAAUCGCGAUUUGAAUUCAUGCCGACCACUACUCUUCUCUCCCUCUCCCUGUGACUCUGUUUCUUUCUCUUGGAGGCUCAAAAUAGCAUUCCGAUUUCUUCUCUUUCAUCCACUACCAUAAACUUCAUGGAAAAUGAUCGAGAAUCUCCAGCUUCUUCUUUCAGUAAGACGCCUGAGCGAACGUUGCAGCGAUUGAAGAUGUUGUUGCAAGUUUCAACCGCAAAGAAAUUGGAUCAGCAAAACUCUGCGAAUAUGGUUGGAUGCAAUCCGACUGUGCUUCAAACCGGAAGCAAUGAUUCAGGCGAUAUUGCUUGUCAAGAUCAAUCAAAAGAUCAGACAGAUCAAGCUGUGGGGACUCCCAAUUUAGGGAGAAGAAGACCGCGUGGAUUCUCCGACUCUUUUGCUUCUCAUGAGUUGAGAUUAUUAGAAUUGGAAGAUGAAGCUAAAGACGAGUCAUCUCCUAGAGGGGUGCUCGAGGACUGCUUGAGAAGCUUAGAUUCUGAAACAACUACUUCCCGGGACAGCACUUCCGAUUGGGUAGUUAAUCCGGACUCCAGAAAUCCAAGUCAUUGGAAAGGUUUCUUUCGCUUACUGAAGAAAGGACCUCAAAUGCGAUUUCAGACCUUUCCUCCUCUAGCUGUUCCAAAAAUCGCCAAAAGAAAGAGCAAAAGAAUUAGAGAGGAUAUGCUUCCGGCAGUAUCACCAGUGAGGGACUCUUCUAUACAGUCCGAGUUUUGCUACUUCAAAUCUUCUUGGAAGAAUUUCACACUUUCAGAGCUUGAAGCUGCUAGCAAUAACUUCAACCCAGAAAACUUGAUUGGUGAGGGUGGUUAUUCUGAAGUUUACAAAGGGCAGCUGGAAGAUGGGCAACUUGUCGCGAUCAAGCGGCUUAACAGAGGCACCCAAGAAGAGAUGACUGCAGAUUUCUUGUCUGAGCUUGGAAUUAUCGUUCAUGUUGAUCAUCCUAAUGUUGCGAGCGUAAUUGGGUACGGCGUUGAAGGGGGAAUGCACCUUAUACUUCAUUUAUCACCCCUUGGAAGCCUGGCAUCCAUACUUUAUGGGCCAAAGGAGAGACUGGAUUGGUCAACCAGGUUUAAGAUUGCUCUAGGAACUGCUGAAGGCCUCCUGUAUCUUCAUGAAGGCUGCCAAAGAAGAAUAAUCCACAGAGACAUUAAGGCCUCUAAUAUUUUACUUAGAGAAGAUUUUGAGCCUCAGAUAUCCGACUUUGGGCUUGCUAAGUGGCUACCAGAUCAAUGGACUCACCAUACCGUGUCGAAGUUCGAAGGCACAUUCGGGUACCUUCCUCCUGAGUUCUUUAUGCAUGGCAUUGUUGAUGAAAAAACCGAUGUCUAUGCUUAUGGAGUACUUUUAUUGGAACUCAUUACCGGACGGCAAGCAUUGAAUAGCUCACAGCAAAGCCUUGUGAUGUGGGCUAAACCUCUACUUCUUAAAGAUAAUCUCAAGGAUCUUGUUGAUCCAUGUCUUUUCGACGUAUUUGACACCGAACAAAUGAAGCUUAUGACCUCAGUAGCUUCAAUGUGCAUAAAUCAAUCUUCAAUUCAACGGCCAGAGAUGUGUGAGAUUGUUGAGAUCCUGAAAGGGAAUGGAGUUGCUUUGGAACUUUUACAACAACAGAAGUCUAGAUUUCAGAGGACAUACUCUGAGGAACUUUUAGAUGCAGAAGAGUAUAAUUCUACCAAGUAUUUAAGUGAUAUGGAUCGACAUCUAGAGAUUGUUUUAGGAGCCUGUGAUAUUGAUGUUUAGGUUUAUUAUCACCUCAUAAAUACUUUGUUUUUUUU